AUGCAUUUAAGGAAUGAGGUGAGCAGCGUUCUAAAGAUCCCAACUGUUGAGUUUCAUGAGAAAUAUUUGGGAUUGCCAACUGUGAUUGGCAGGAAAAAGAAGGAUUGUUUCAACGGAAUAAAAGAAAGAUUGAGGAAGAAGCUUAAUGGAUGGAAAGAGAAAUUGCUUUCAAAAUCAGGAAAGUCUCUCCUUAUCAAAGCGAAUUCAAAGUAUUGCAAAGGUAUUAGCUGGGCAAAGUGGGAGCAUUUGUGUUUUACAAAGGAUGAAGGUGGAAUGGGGUUUAGAGAUCUGGAGUUAUUUAACAAAGCUCUUGUGGCUAAGCAAUGUUGGAGACUUAUUACCAAUGAACAGUCUUUGAUUUGGGGUUGUGAGUUGCUCUUGAGUGGGUUAAGGAAAAGGAUUGGAGAUGGACAAGAAACUCUAGUCUAUGGAGAUGCUUGGAUUCCUAGACCUAAUUCUUUCCGCCCUAUUUCCCCUCAAGUGUUGGAUCAAGAAACUAAAAAGAUGUUAAGGCCAUUACCUCUAUCUCUUUGA